CCGCGUUCUGUGACAGUAGAAGUCCCAAUAUGGCAGCGCGCAUGGUUCAAAUCCUAACGUGAAGGUCUUUAUCGUCUCUGCUUGAACAUAGAUUAUCUCUCUAACAGGCUAAAGAGACGGACGGACGUGUAGCGGGACAGACGCACAGGCAAUAUGUCUAAGAUAUCUAAAGCGGCCAAGGCAGUGAAAAAAUUGGAUACAGGCGGUGUGAUCAGAGCCAUUGUAAGAUCUGGACAGGCUGCUCCUGGGCCCCCACUAGGCCCCAUAUUGGGACAAAAAGGGAUUCCUAUUGGGGCCUUUUGCAAAGACUUCAAUGAGAAAACCAAAGAUCUGAAGGAAGGCAUUCCUCUUCCCAUCAAGAUCAACGUGAAGCCGGACAGGACGUACGACUUAAAAAUUGGACAGCCCACCGUGUCUUACUUCUUAAAACAGGCCGCAGGCAUCGAGAAAGGAGCUGGAAAGACGGGGCAUGAGACCGCUGGUAUGGUGUCUGUGAGGGCCGUAUACGAGAUUGCCCAGGUCAAGUCGCAGGACGAGAGCUUUAAGCUGCAGGACGCCUCCUUGCAGACCGUUGUCAAGAGCAUCAUUGGUUCGGCCAGAUCCCUCGGCAUCAAAGUCGUAAAUGAUCUGUCACCAGAAGAGUACGAGGACUUUCUGCGAGAACGUCAGGAGAGACUGAAAGCCGAAGCCGAGGCAGCGGCCGCCGCAGAGGCAGCGGCAGGAAAGAAGAAAUGAAGUGCUGCUGCGUCCUAGUUAUUUAUCAAUACAAUUGCUAAACCUGCUUCACACUGAUUAUGCUAUUUUGCAAUUUUUUGCUAAUAAAAUGCCUACUUAAAAACA